GGGGAAGAAAUUGGAGGAAGGGAGGACCUGACCCCGAAACGCAGAGCCAAGGGAAGUGAAUUCCAGAAAGGUUUUUGGAAGGAUCCUUGGCCAGGGCUUUGUGGGGACGUGGAGAUGGUGAGACAGGAAGCAGUCUCUAUUGUCAACUCAGAGACAGAAAGCCAUGGCCUGGACCCUGAUACCACUUCUGCUGCUGUUGGCCUGGACGGCCUCCAUGGGCAGUGCCCGGGCCAGGACAGACCUGCUCAACGUCUGCAUGGACGCCAAGCACCACAAGGCAAAACCAGGCCCUGAGGACAAGCUGCACGACCAGUGCACUCCCUGGAAGGAGAAGGCCUGCUGCUCAGCCAGCACCAGCCAGGAGCUGCACAAGGAAAUCUCCCUCCUGUACAACUUCACCUGGGACCACUGCGGCAAGAUGGAGCCCGCCUGCAGGCGCCACUUCAUCCAGGACAACUGUCUCUACGAGUGCUCACCCAACCUGGGGCCCUGGAUCCGGGAGGUGAACCAGAGCUGGCGCCGGGAACGUUUCCUGCACGUGCCCCUGUGCAAAGAGGACUGUCAGCGAUGGUGGGAGGACUGUCGCACCUCCUACACCUGCAAAGCCAACUGGCAC